AUGGGGGAAGAACACGAAAUUGAAGUAAAGUUGAAAGAAAAGAAAGAUGAGUGUGAGAGUGAAUCCACUUCAACUAAAGCUAAAGCUAGUAAGGAAAACAAGCUCCCACCAAAGCUGAAAGAUCCUGGAAGUUUUUCCAUACCAUGUCACAUUGGAGAAACAAGUAUUGAGAGAGCAUUAUGUGACUUGGGGGCUAGUGUUAGCUUGAUGCCACUUUCCAUAUGUGAGAAGUUAAAGGUUAGAGAUCUAAAGCCCACAACUAUUUCUUUGCAGUUAGCUGACAGGUCUAUAAAGUAUCCAGUUGGGAUUUUAGAGAAUGUACCAUUAAAAGUUGGAAAGUUUUUCAUUCUGGUGGAUUUUAUUGUACUAGAGAUGGAGGAGGAUAUUUUUGUUACUGUUCAUGCUACUGUUCAUGCUGCUAAAAAGGUCAAUUUCUACAUUUUUUCUGAAAUUCUUGGUUGA